GCAUUUGGGAUGGCUGGCUGACUAUGUGGCUAAUCUGGCAAGCACGGCGCUGACCAUCGCCAUCCAGAGGGACUGGAUCGUGGUUAUCACCGGCUACAACCGCGGUCACCUCGCCGGGAUGAACGCUACCAUGCGGCGCAUCGAUCAGGUGACCAACAUCCUGGCCCCACUGGCCGUGGGACAGGUCAUGACCCUGGCCUCCAAUGUGGUUGGUUGUGGCUUCAUCCUGGGCUGGAACCUGGUGUCCCUCAUAGUGGAGUUUAUCUUUUUGUCCCGGGUCUACCGCAUUGUCCCGGCACUGUCCGUCAAACCGCCCGCACCUGAGGAUGACCAGGGAACCCUGCAGACACCUGCAGAGAGAACAGACAGAUUGGUGGAGAGGAGGGGGUCACAAGAGCAGAGUGGGGCGGUGGCCUCGGGCCUCCCGGACAACGACGGCGACGUCAGCCUGAACCUGAAGGAGAUCACCAACCUGCCUCUGUGCUUCCGCCGCUUCCGCUGGCUGCUGAGCACCUGCAUGGACGGCUGGCGGGCCUACUACCGCCAGGACGUCUUCCUGGCCGGCAUGGGCCUGGCGUUCCUCUACACCACCGUGCUGGGCUUCGACUGCAUCACCACGGGCUACGCCUACACCCAGGGCAUCAGCGGGUCCCUGCUCAGUCUGCUGAUGGGCGUGUCGGCGAUCACAGGACUCAUGGGCACGGUGAUGUUCACCAAGCUGAGGAAGGCCUAUGGUUUGGUGAACACGGGCAUCAUCUCCAGCUGCCUCCACCUGGGCUGCUUGCUGCUGUGCGUGUGCUCCGUGUUCGCGCCCGGCAGCCCCAUGGACCUCAGCCUGCUCAUGCCCUUCCUGGACGCCAACGUGUCGUCCGACGCCGCCAAGGGGCUGGUGGCGGGCCGGAGGCAGAAGCACACCUACCCAACGCGGGGCGGCAUCAACCAGCCGCUGCUGCCCGACCGCUCGUCCAUUCACUGGACCAACAACACGGUGCUGUUUGAAAACAUGCCGUCGGGCACGGCGCCAGAAUCCUUCAUCUCCAUAACCCUGUUGUUCUUGGGCGUCAUUACGGCGCGCAUCGGUCUGUGGUCCUUCGACCUGACUGUGACCCAGCUGCUCCAGGAGAACAUCUGCGAGUCAGAGCGCGGGGUGGUCAACGGCGUCCAGAGCUCCAUGAACUACCUGAUGGACCUCCUGCACUUCAUCAUGGUCAUCUCGGCUCCUCAGCCGCAGCACUUCGGCAUCCUGGUCAUCAUCUCCGUACUGUUCAUCACCACGGGACACACCAUGUACUUCCUGUACGCGCGCAAAGCCAAGAGAAAACCCGGCGGACGCCUGGCCACGUAGGGAGGACGCAUGGGGUUCCACGACACAGACCGGAGACUCAGACCCGAGCGCCCCAAGACUCCCCCGUGCCUGCACCCGCCCGUGAAAUGGAUCUCCCUUCUCCCCUGCCCCCUCUGCACGCUCACUGCCCGCCAACGAUGCAACUCUGUGAAGCCCUCGGGCCUUGCCUCCAUCCAGCCAUUCGUUCAUUUCAGCACACCCCGUGUCGUCGUGUCACCCCCCACCCCCCUAAAAAAACGGUCCGCUUCCUUCUCCCCCGCGUGGCGCUGCGUGGCCUGGUGCCGAGCAACCGCGGCAGACCAGCAGAACUCAGGUGAACCACGGCAGGAGACGACUUGUCCCUCCUGUACAUAGGUUGACGUGGCCGCCGCAGAUGCAUUGUGGGUAGGUUCUCCUCGGAGGUCAGCGGGGGGGCUAGAGACGGCAGGCGGCGCAGGCAGCGUACGCCUCCACAGCUACUUUGGAUUACCGCCAGGACUUCGCCGUGGUAGUCUGUUAACCCAGUCGGCUUUUUGGAUGGGAGUUGGAUGGGUGCAUGGAUUUUUCUAACCCACAUACAGUAAAGAACUGGGAGCAACGAGGAACCAGGAUGAUAGUAACAAAAAGAAGCAGGAGCGAGAGGCUAGACAAGCUUUAACAAGGGGCAUGCAUGUUACUGAUCCGUCCACUUGGAAAUAAUCCAGGAAGUCCAAAAAGGAAAACUAAAGGGAACUUGGUGUCGGAAUUGUGAGAUACUGAAGAUUAUGAAGUAGGCCCCCCCCCUUAAUGGACAGAAGAGGAAGGAUGUAGUGUAAUCUUCUCCUGGUCUGUUUCUCUGUGGAUGAAUCAGGCAGACAUGUGCCUAGCUUUUAAAUUAAUCACUAAUGGUGCAUAAUAUUGAUUGGAAUAAUUACGUAAGAAAAUAUAGAUUUAUAAUUCUAACCGGAUAACAAGAUCAUGAGAAUCUAUCGAGAGAGUAUAUAUCAAGAGAGCUAAAAAUAAAUGAUAUUUACAAAUCCGAAUAUAUAAAUGACAUUCUCUUUACACAGAUUUAUCAUAAUGACCAUAAUUGCUUGUGUACUUAGAUAACUGAAAAUAGCUUCCAAAUUGUAAAGAUUUUCCUUCACAUAGAAACAGAGUGAUAUUAAUGCAGUUUGACAAAUUUAUAGCAACCAGAUUUCUCCUUUUAAUUUUGUGACAUGUGUUGACAUCAGUGUUAAUUAUACUGAUACAGUAUGUAUGGUCUUGGAUUUAGGCAGUGUUGUAUCACACAAAAAAGAUCUACCUAAGCAUCCUGUCAUGUUAUCGUUCUCAUGAACUAAAGCAGAACAUUACCUCAGUACAGUACAAGAAAACCGUGUUUUAAGACCGGCUUGGACAUUUCUUUCAUCUGCAGUAUGUACGAUCAUCUCCUUCCUGUACAGUGGCAAUAUCAUCAAAGUUAAACUCUUUGUCAUGCAAACACCACCGCAUUGCAAUUUAUUUGUUUUUAUAACAUAUUUUUCUGUGACGUAAUGUUGACUUGCAUCUAUAAUUUGAGUCCUUUUCUGUUUCCGACUGUUAUUUAUAACCAGGCAAUAA